GGUCUUUCUGCCGCUUGCGCUUGAUCCAACAUCCAUGGAUGCUUUACGAUUGCGCCGAACGAAUCGCCCCGCAUUCCCCCCGCGGCCGGAUCUCCCCCGCAAUAACCAUAAUCCCGGCAGCCCGGCCCAGCCCGGUAAACUCGAUCCAGAAGGAGGAGGAAGAUGCCGUCGCUUGGCGCGAUCGGGCCAUUCAGAUGCCGUGAGACACCGAAUAGCGAUGGUCUGCUUGCGGGCGAAACACACUGCGGGAUAUUCUGGCGAAUCUGUUUACAAUUGAACAUCAAUUUCAACUGAAGGACGAAUUCCUGUCUGGUGUGCUGUAUUGUGUGGGCCCUGACGUAGAACGGGCGGCCUCGCUGCAGCUUUUCCAUGUAAAACUUUUUGGCUGCUGCAGUGUCAGAGUCAACAACACAAGAUUCACGCAACACCC